AUGAAGUUCCAACUCUUCACCAUCAUCGCUCUUGUCUCUGCCGCCUCUGCCGGCUUGAUCAAGCGAGUUGACGUCGAAGUUCCCGCCAUGACAGACGCCCAGGGCAACGUUGUGGUCUUCAACGCUGCCGAGGUUCCCACCAGGAAGCGACGAGCCAUCGCCGAGCAGCAGAAGCAACAGCAGCAGCAAAAGAAGAAGUACUGAUUUAAAAGACUCUUCGCCCGGGUACUUGGGGUGAUUGAGAAUGCGGUGGACCUCGUAAUGAACAGACGGAUGGACCAGACGGUUGCCUCUUCACAAAGAGACAGAAUCCAACCCAAUCCAAUCCGAUGGCUUGAGGGAUCCCAAGACAAUAAUAGCGGUUGAUUUUUUGGGCUUGUUUAGAAUAGGAUAUAAGGUUCGAGAAAUAGAAGCACUGCUCACUUGAGCUAUUGUGGAA